GCCUGAUUCGCCCGAAUUGACAAAUUGUUUGUAAAUGAUUUAAUCAGAAGAGGAAUUUUCCACAAUUGAAAUCUCUUUAACUUAAUUGACCUUCAAAAGAAUGUAUCACAUCAAUCGUGAAGAUACUUUUUUGAUUGCAUAUGUGUUGAGUCCCAUGAUUUCACCAACAAAAUGUAACAAUACCCAGCGGGAAAGUGAGAAGUAGGUUUUUUAUUUGAGUGGAAAACCUCCUUCUUUUAGCAGGCGUAGGGGUAGGGAUAGUUGAAAAUCUACUUCUUUUGGCAGGCGUUGGGAAGGGAUAAAUAAUUUCGGACCGCUAAAUGGGGUGGGUUUCUGAAUAUGACCAUAAGUUACAACGAAGUUGUGACUAAUUAUUGUCUUUCUUCGGAAUGUUGUUAUGAUACACGGUCACAUCAGUAUAAAAUUUCGUGCAAAAAGUGUAAAAAGUGAAAAAAGUUGUGUUAAUCUUAAAAAACAAGAUAAAGGUAAGUUAUAACAUAAAUAUUUUUGUUUGUAUUUCCUUAUUUCAGCGUAACGGAUAUGGUGAGCAUAGGCAUUUUUACUAAAACUAUAUAUAAGCCACCAGAGGCGGUUGUCAAAAUUUGUAAUAGAUUCGACUUCAAAGAUUCUGGCCCUUGUGUUAAUAUUAACGGCAAAACUGAACGUGCGCAAGCGGACAUUCCGAUUUCGUCAUUUGAAGAACUCGGCCAUUUGGACUCCGAUGCCGAAGCCAAUCCAAAAGCAUUUAGUCACUCAAAAACGACAAUUACAGUCUUCCCCAAUAUCAAGAUGAUCUGUGUUCACCGUUCACUAAGGCAAAUAAUAACAUACAACAAUACUUAUGAUAAAGGCCCUUGGACUGUAAAUAGAUUAAUAAAUGUAUAUACCAAAUUAAAAAGCUAA